GUAGCAAAGGUUGGAACUUUCGAUUCAUUAGGACAGAUGAUGAUGGGCCAUGUCGUGGCCCGGACUCACCUGAUACUGUCUCGAAGUAACUUCGCCGAUAGCAUACGGUGUCAGGGCUUGAGGGUUUCAAAAAUGGAGUCGCAGCAGUCAAAGCGACCCACUUGCCCUUCUUGCGCUAAACCCACGCAGCUCUGCCUCUGCAACCGUAUCCGAUCUCCGCCUCUGGAUAACCAGGUGAGUGUUACUAUCCUUCAGCACAGCCUCGAGAGAAAACACGCUCUUAACUCAACUCGAAUCGCUAGGUUAGGGCUUAAGAACGUUACUGUCACCACCGUUUGCGAUGUCCAUGACGAGGCAGAGUUCUUGAUAAGAGUUAAAGGAGCCUCCUUGGAGCUUGUUGAUACCUCAAUGUUAGGUAGUGACAAUGUGGAUAAUGAAAGUUUGAAGCUUUAUCAACAAUUAGCUGACAAGAGAGGUUCUUGUGAAGACAAUUUGAUGAGAAUCUCUAUGAAGAAACGAGGUGUCAUCAGCAAUGUCUCCACGUCUUUGCUGGAAGAUGCUAGUUUCGAUGGAAUAUUGGCUUCUCCUGCAGCCAUGGAUGUGUUGGCAAAAGGGUUUGUGGUGACAAAGUUCUCGGAAGGGAAGGAAGAGUUUGAGCUGGAGGUUCCUCCUGGGUCAGCACUGUUGUUCCCUAGCGAAGGAUCUGUGAUGAUCAACGAUCUUAAAGAGAGAGAUUUAAAGGUAAGGAAUCUGAUCGUUCUCGAUGGGACGUGGUCCAAGGCGAGGAGAAUGUACGUUGAGAACCCGUGGCUGAAGCUUUUGAGUAGCCAUGUGAAGCUGGAAAUCGAAGGAGCGAGUUUGUACAGAGAAGUAAGGAGGCAGCCGAGAGAGGGGUGUUUGUCGACGAUAGAGAGUAUUGUACACGCGAUGAAGGAGAUGGGGGAAGAUACUGAAGGUUUGGAUAGUAUGUUGGAUGUUUUUGAAUCCAUGGUUGGGGAUCAAAGAAGAUGUAAAGAUGAGAACUUUGGAAAAAUUCUCUGAAAGCCAAUAUGAUUUUGUUAAUUGUUUUCAGUUCCUUUGAUUAACUUUUCUAAUUUCUGGAAUGUUUUUUCUUUAACAUCCACAGACUCUUUUCUUUUAAAGCUUGUUCCCAGUGCAUAAA